AUGGCAACCCCGUAAAUACCUUUUCUUUUCAACACUAAUCAAAUAUUCGUUUCUUGAAGAAUUUACUAAUUAAAUUAACGAAAAUACACCGUUUUUACAAAUUUAUCUUCUUUAAAUACUGAUUUAAGUACCGGAUUAGUGAUCAAUAAUCUACGGUGUCGCCAGGCCUACAAUGUUGGAAUAUUAAUAGAUAAUUAUAUGCCAUGGAACGAUUCCCACUGAAGUCGUCAACUCCGAAAAUGAGCACUACAUAUCAAUCAGUCUACAAAAAGGAAGAGGUUGAUGAAACGACUCUCCAUGGCGCGACAAACGGGCGCGGCCACGGCUCCACGACCCCCGACGACUCGGUGGACAUCAGCCCCGGCGUGAGGGACGACGGCUCCACGCCCACCAGCCACGGCACGUUCCGACUGUACGAGCAUCCGCACCCGGGGAGGGGCAGCUCGGGGGACGCCGAUUCAUUCAUCGCUCAAUACUUCGGUUCCUCUAACGGGGACGCAGUGAUAUUUUCCGCCAUGCAAGGCAACACAGACGAGAUCCCCGGCAUCGGUCAGUAUGAGGACUUCCACACCAUCGACUGGCAGCGGGACAUCGCCCGGGACCGCAUGCAUCACCGGCACAUUGUCAAGAAGCGCGGAGACUCGCUGUGGAACCUUAUCAAGGGAGCCCACGACGCGUGGUCGGGCUGGGUGUGCGUGCUGCUAGUGGGAGUCUGCACGGGCGUGGUGGCCGGGGUCAUCGACAUCGGGGCCUCCUGGAUGACGGACCUCAAGUUCGGGAUAUGCCCGCAGGCGUUCUGGUUCAACAGAGAGCAGUGCUGCUGGUCCAAUGAGACUACUUUUGAUCAUGGGAACUGCUCGCAGUGGAUGACCUGGGCGCAAGUGUUCGGCGAGUCUCGCGAGGGCGCCGGCGCCUACAUCAUCAGCUACCUAGUCUACGUGGCCUGGGCGCUGGUGUUCGCCGCCCUGUCCGCGUCGCUGGUGCGGAUGUUCGCGCCGUAUGCGUGCGGGUCUGGUAUACCGGAGAUCAAGACGAUACUGAGCGGGUUUAUUAUCAGGGGCUACCUGGGCAAGUGGACGCUGAUCAUCAAGUCGGUGGGGCUGAUCCUGUCGGUGUCGUCGGGCCUGUCGCUCGGGAAGGAGGGACCCAUGGUGCACAUUGCUAGCUGUCUCGGCAACAUCCUGUCCUACCUAUUCCCGAAGUACGGUCGCAACGAGGCCAAGAAGCGCGAGAUCCUGUCGGCCGCGGCCGCCGCCGGCGUGUCGGUCGCCUUCGGGGCCCCCAUCGGAGGAGUGCUGUUCAGUUUGGAGGAGGUCUCGUACUACUUCCCGCUGAAGACCCUCUGGAGGUCGUUCUUCUGCGCCCUGAUAGCCGCCUUCAUCUUGAGGUCCAUCAACCCAUUCGGAAAUGAGCAUUCGGUUCUGUUCUUUGUGGAGUACAACAAGCCGUGGAUCUUCUUUGAGCUGCUGCCGUUUGUCGGAUUGGGGAUUAUUGGGGGCUUCAUAGCGACGAUCUUCAUAAAAGCCAACAUCUACUGGUGCCGCUACCGCAAGUUCUCAAAGCUCGGCCAGUACCCCGUGACCGAGGUGUUGGUGGUGACGCUAGUGACGGCCAUUGUUGCCUACCCGAACCCGUACACCCGCAUGAACACCAGCCAGCUGAUCUAUCUGCUGUUUAACCAGUGCGGGAUUAGCAACUCGGAUCCGCUGUGUGACUACAACCGCAAUUUCACCGACGUGAACAAAGCCAUCGAGAAAGCCGCGGCCGGGCCCGGUGUCUACCAGGCGGUGUGGCUGCUCAUGUUGGCGUUGGUCAUGAAGCUGGUCAUGACGGUCUUCACCUUCGGCAUCAAGGUGCCGUGUGGCCUGUUCAUACCGAGUCUGGCGCUGGGAGCCAUUGCUGGGCGGAUUGUGGGGAUUGGAGUGGAACAACUGGCCUACAACUACCCGAAGAUCUGGCUGUUCUCCGGCGAGUGUUCCACGGGAGACGACUGCAUCACGCCGGGGCUGUACGCCAUGGUGGGCGCCGCGGCCGUGCUCGGCGGCGUGACGCGGAUGACAGUAUCCCUGGUCGUGAUAAUGUUCGAGCUGACGGGCGGAGUGCGCUACAUCGUGCCCCUAAUGGCCGCCGCGAUGGCCUCCAAGUGGGUAGGCGACGCGCUGGGUAGGCAGGGCAUAUACGACGCUCACAUCGCGCUCAACGGAUACCCCUUCUUGGAUAGCAAGGACGAGUUCCAGCACACGUCGCUGGCCGCCGAUGUUAUGCAGCCUAAACGCAACGAAACCCUAGCCGUCAUCACACAGGACUCCAUGACGGUGGAAGACGUGGAGACUCUUCUGAAGGAGACGGAGCACAACGGCUACCCGGUGGUGGUGUCCAAGGAGUCGCAGUAUCUGGUCGGCUUCGUGCUGCGUCGUGAUCUGAACCUCGCUAUAGCGAACGGGCGGCGCACAGUCGACGGCGUGACCUCGCAGUCCCUGGCGGUAUUCGCCGGGAACGGCUUCGCCCCGGCCACGCCCGCGCCGCCGCCGCUCAUGCUCCACAUCAUACUGGACAUGGCUCCCAUCACGGUGACCGACCAGACCCCCAUGGAGACCGUGGUGGACAUGUUCCGCAAGCUCGGCCUCAGGCAGGUGCUGGUCACGCAUAAUGGUCGUCUGCUCGGCGUGAUCACCAAGAAGGAUGUACUCCGUCACGUGAAGCAGAUGGACAAUGAAGACCCCAACUCUGUGCUCUUCAACUAAGUGUCCAACCACACGCGGGCAACCGUCCCGGACCAAGCAACGUCGCUCUAGGAUGCACUAAAUAUAGUGGAAAUUAAUUGUUCUAUGUAUGUAAUGUUUUUAAUACAUGCAAUUUAUAAUCACGAUAAAUGUCUACAUAAAUAUCGGUGUAUAAGUGUAACUAUGGUGGUUAAAAGGCCAAUUCCUAAAUGUAACCGUUUUCAGGGACCGUUUAAAGUAUUUCUUGAUCAUUUUCUAUGAGCCCGUUUACGAGCAACUCUUUUAUAAAAUGUGUAGGAUUGUCAGUGUAGAAAUUUCUCAAGAAUUGUAAGAAGCCUAUAUGUGUAUACAUACAAUAUUUAUACUAACUCACUAUUGUGCAUGUUGAUUUUGUAAUGAUUUUUUAAAAAUCCCAAUGCAUUAAUUUUUACCUCAACAUAUUUUUUGUCACACCAUUAAUGCUGUGUAUUAUAUAUAGUUUUAUUUUACAUACAUAUAAAAUUAUUUGAUGCUAUAUUUCAAUGUACUCUUGAGUAACGAUGCGCCGAUGGUAGCAAAAUGUUAUUUAUUUAAAAGGUCUGACAUUACUAAUAUUAGUCAUCACAGGUUUUUAUUAGAGCGUACAUAUUUUUAGUCUGGAGAUGAAUAUAGAUAAAUAAUUAUCGCCGAUGAUGAUUUAAGUGUUAACAUCCGGAUUUUGUGAGAUGAGGGGGCUUAUUUCUUAUAUGAAUGAUCGCAUAAUAACAUCUUUUGAUACAUAUUUUACUCACAACUAUGUUAGAUAAAUGCAGUAUUGAAACAUCGCGAUGGAAUGUCAUUUAAUAGAGUAGUUCUUCCCGGCUGUCUACUUUGUAAUUAUACAAAUUACAGUAAUAUGUUUUUGGUAUUAUUUCUUGUAAAUUGUAGUCUACAAUUAUAUUUUUAAUUUAUUGACUAUAUUUUUAACCGCAUCUGUUUUAUUAGAAUACUGUUGGAUCGAUAUUGUUAGCAUUCUUCUAUUUUAGAAUGAAGAGUUUUAUGUUUUAUCUACUCGAAAUUCUCUGCAUAAUAUAUUUGUAAACCUAUUUACUUAUAUGAAUUAUUUGUAAAUGCAGGGUCAUCAGUCGCUAUGAAAUUCAAUACAAUUUGGAAAUACUUUUACGGUGACACAGAUGUUAAGAGCACAAAAUCCGCUUGUUAUCAGCUAUUAAACCGUCUUGGAUUAUCAUUAAAUGUCUAGCAGAGUUCAAGUAUCCAUCUGAUAGGUAUUUUUAUUUUACAUGUUUAAUUUUAAGAAUAUGCAUAUUGAUAUUCGUUUAGCAUACUUAUCAAUUUAAAUGAAGUCAAAACUGUAUUAUCUAGUUUUACAUAGAUUUUAUAUUGAAAAAAUGUGUUAUUUUAAGUUAAAUAACAAUUUUCUCAGAAGUUAUUUUAAAUGUAUCUUUAUAUAACGGAUUUUAUUUGAAAAGAGGCGAUGUUAAACCCCUGAAAGAUGAUUUUAAUGUGUAUAUAAUAUGAUAUUGUACAUAACGAUCGGUUAAUGAAAUCAUGUCUAUUAUAAAAUGCCAAGUUCCUUACUUGAGCAGUUAGUUAAGUGGCUCUUUGUACUAGGUACUGAAAUUAUAUGAUAAAAUAAAAUGGACUGAAAUUAUAAAUUGUUGGGUAACGUGUAGGAGUUCAGAUAUGGAUUUUAUACAAAAAAAACUUAAUUUACGUCUCCAAAAUCAUGUAAUAUUUUUAUUAAAACCUUGUUUGAAAAUCUAUCAGGUGAGGGUAAUCUUCGAUAAACCCAAUAUACAUUGUAUUUGCUUUAUAGUUAACUAAAGUUAUUAUUGUGAAGAAAAAAAUCUAAUAUUUUUCUUUUAAUUUAUGGUGCGCGGUAUUUAGAUGGAGAACAAGACAGUCCUUUUUAUUAUUAGUGUAAACUUUUACUACCUACUUGAUUAACACAAAAGUGUGUAUUAUCUAAACAGCGAUUUGUGCCGUGGUGAAAAUCAAUCCUAAGUUUAUUGGAUAUAUAAAGUUAUAUAUUGAAAUAAAAAUGUCUUAUGAGAAAA